AUGUCAAAAGCACCCCCUUUUGAGCUCCCGUUGAUUGAUACCGAAUUGUUGAGAAAUAGAGACAAGCCUACUGAAGAUCUCUUUUACAAAGCCCUCACGGAUAUUGGCUUUCUUGUACUGAAGAAUCAUGGCGUUCCAAAAGAGCUCACCGAUCGAAUGGAAAAGGUUUCGGAGGAUUUUUACAAAACUACUCACGAGGAACGAAUGAAAGUGCAGGCGUACGAGGGAAAGAUGAUUUCUGAAGGUUCUGCCUUUACUGACACUCCUUUCGUUAAUUCACCAAACGACGCUUCGAUAAAGCUGGAUUUUGAAGAAAUCGACAACGUUUUCUACGAUUAUUUGGAAGAGCUCUGCGUCCUGGGGCAGGAUCUUUUGGAAUGCUGCGAAAACGUUCUCGGGCUCCGAGAAGGCCGUCUGCUCGACAACUAUGAAGCUGCUGGAUCAAUUGUAGAUGCUCUGUUUUAUGACAAGACUCCACCUGGAAAAUGGGGGACAAAUGCGCAUUAUGAUAACUGCAUGAUGACGAUCUUGCGGCAGGAUAUGGUCGGCGGGCUCGAGUUGCAACACAAAGGCUUGUGGUACCCAGUCAAGCCGAUGGAGGACUGCUUCGUCGUGAAUUUCGGAAAGAUGAUGGAGCACUUUACUUAUGGCGUCAUUAAAGCAACGUACCACCGAGUUAAAAACAACAAGGACCAAAUGCGAGUAUCUUGGCCGAUGUUUCUCGGACCCAAUCUCAAUCGAGAUUUGACCCAGUUGAUCGAAUUCAAAUGGAACGAAAAACACUACAUCGAUAUCGAGCGAGAAAGAAUUGCGGAAGAGAACAAAGAAAUUGAAGAAAACGCGGCUCAUGUACACUUGAACGUCUCGGAAAAGGGUCAUCAUGUUUGGGAAAUGAUCGAGCGACGCCACAUCGACCGAUACAGAGACUUGAUGCUUGUUCAAAACAGCAAGAAGCGAUUCUGGAUCAAAUAA